AUGCUAUCUAACAUCUACGCAGUAUUGAAGAUAUAUGAAAAAGAAGGCAAACUUAAGCUGUCUGAAGGAACAUUGUUACCUGUUUUGGUAGGUUUUGGGUCAAGUAGGGCACAUUCAUAGAAUUUAUAUUUACUUUACAUCUUUCAUUACAUUAUUAUAGAAACAACUAUCAUACAAUCCAAAUGAAGAAAUUGAAAACGUUGGAAAGUUACUUUCAGCUAACGAGUGUUUGUAUACAUACAAAGAUGCUGCUCAUUACGUUAUAUUUUCUGAUUUAAAUGAAGUUUUACUUCCGAGGUUGAGCAGUUACUAUGACGAGUUUUCUCAUCUAGUUAGCUUAUAUCCAAAAGCGGGUUCUUUUCAAUUCAAUUGGGCUGUUAGUGCUGCUCCUCAAGGUAAGAUACUGUAAUUUAAGACUGUAUAAAGUACUGCAAUAUAGUAUUGUACAAGAUACAGUAAUUUAGUACUAUAAGAUACUGUAAUUUACCUUUAAUUCAUUAAUUAUUAUAGUAAAGCAAGUUUUUUCAGAUCAACUACCCUCUUCCUACGACGUUACCUUGCCAUUGAAAAACGUAUUGGUUAAAGAAGUUAUUGGGUUUGGAACACCAGUAGUGAUACCACAAAAAGUCAAUAAAGCUUUUGAUCAUUUUCCGAUGAACAAUUGGAUAUACGAUCAACAUCAACACGUUCCACUUGAUCGAAACCAGUCAUGGGUUGUCAAGUACAUCUUUCCUGUUUACAAUCCUGCUCUUCGGAAUGUAAGUUGUAUAUGUACAUAAUAGUGAGUUAAAGAUAGAUCAGGAAUUGAGCCACUAGGCAUGAUCCGGCUUUAGUUAGGGGCAUCAAAGGCAAAGUGAAGAUCAUUGUUUUGAAGAGGAGGAAGGGGAAGAGAGAGGGAGUAAAAAUAUGUUGAUUAGCAAUUUUUGACUAAACGAAUUUAGAUAUCAAUACCAUUGUAUUUCCAACCACCAACGGGAUUUUAUUUCAAAAUGAUGCAAGAUUUCAAGUUGAAAGUCAAAAAACGUGCUAGAGUUUACAAUGUAAGCCUACUUUAAUUUAUAAUUUUUUAUAAAAAUAUUUUAAAAUUUCUAGCUCUUUGUGUCAUUUUUAUUUUAUAAUUAAACAUCUUUUGGAAAACACGUAUUUUACAAGUUUUUAAAAUUUUCUAGCAUUUCAAAUCCCUACCGCAACACAAACAUUUCCAACCCCAAAUGGAAGCUUGCUUACGGAUUCAACAGCUUCGUUCAGUACCAUAUACAUGUGUGAAUCAACGGAAAUGUUUACCUAAGUUUUCUGAAGAUAUCAGAGAGUGUACGGUGUUAAAGCGACGUUUUAACUACGCUGACUUUGGUGCAAAUCGGCAUAUCUACAGUAGUGGGGGAGAUGAGUUUCAUCACGAACAUUCUUGCUUGAUUUACUGA